UAUAUUAUAUAUUUUAACUAGGAGUGAGAUAGGGGAAGGGGAAGGGUGAUACCAGAUAAUUUGGAUCAUAGAAGGAAGACAAUAUGCCUGCCAUCGUUGUGUCCAGCGGUAAUGGGCCGCCGAAGGAGUUUGAGGGGAAGAUCACGGUUUAUGUCGUGAUCUGCGGAAUCAUCGCCGCCACCGGAGGUCUCAUGUUCGGCUACGACAUCGGAAUCUCAGGAGGGGUGACAUCCAUGGACGACUUCCUGGAGGAAUUCUUUCCGGCAGUGUACGUGAAGAAGCACGGGGCAAAGGAAGACAACUACUGCAAGUACGACAACCAGGACCUGCAGCUCUUCACGUCCUCGCUCUACCUGGCUGCCCUUGUCUCCAGCUUCUUCGCUUCCAAGAGCUGCACCAAGUUCGGCCGCAAGCUCACCAUGCAGGCCGCCUCCGUCUUCUUCCUUGUAGGCGUCAUCCUCAACGCCGCCGCCCGCGACCUCGCCAUGCUCAUCAUCGGCCGCAUCCUUCUCGGCGUCGGCAUUGGCUUCGGCAACCAGGCCGUCCCCUUAUUCUUGUCUGAAAUUGCACCAGUUCAAAUCCGUGGCGCCCUCAACAUCCUCUUCCAGCUCGACGUCACAAUCGGGAUCCUCAUUGCCAACCUGGUGAACUACUUCACCACCAACAUGCACCCAUGGGGGUGGAGGCUCUCACUCGGACUUGCGGGCGUCCCGGCGGUUAUCCUGUUCUUCGGCUCGCUCCUGAUCACUGAGACCCCCACGAGCCUCAUCGAGCGCAAGAAGCUCGACGAGGGGCUCGCUAUGCUCAAGAAGAUCAGGGGAACCGACAAUGUCGACGCCGAGUACGACGAGAUCGUGUAUGCGUGCGAGAUGGCACAGAAGGUGAAGAGCCCGUUCAAGAACCUGAUGAAGCGGUCGAGCCGGCCGCAGCUGGUCAUCGCCAUUUUCAUGCAGGUCUUCCAGCAGUUCACGGGGAUCAACGCCAUCAUGUUCUACGCGCCGGUGCUCUUCCAGACCAUGGGCUUCAAGAACGACGGGUCCCUGCUAUCUGCCGUCAUCACUGGGACGGUCAACGUGCUCUCCACCGUUGUCUCCAUCGUCCUCGUCGACAAGGUUGGGAGGAGGAUGCUCUUGCUCGAAGCGUGCGUUCAGAUGUUCAUCACUCAGACUACAAUUGGAGUCAUCCUGCAGCUGUACUUGAAGACCAACAACAACCUCUCGCCACAGUUGGCCAUCGUAGUGGUGGUGAUGGUAUGCCUCUACGUGAUGAGCUUCGCUUGGUCAUGGGGCCCUCUCGGAUGGUUAAUCCCUAGCGAGACCUUCCCCCUCGAGACGAGGACGGCCGGGUUUUUCUUUGCGGUCAGCUCGAACAUGCUCUUCACCUUCAUUAUCGCCCAGUCCUUCCUCUCUAUGAUGUGCCAUAUGCGCGCCGGGAUCUUCUUUUUCUUCGCGGGCUGGAUCCUCAUCAUGGCGCUGUUUGCCAUGUUCCUGCUGCCCGAGACCAAGAACGUGCCCAUUGACGAGAUGACUGACCGGGUGUGGAAGCAGCACUGGUACUGGAAGAGCUACAUGGAUGGCGAGGAGAGCGAUAGCAAGAACAAGAUUGAGGACGGUGUGGACAAGUGAUCCUGACCGACAUCACGCACUGCCACUUUGAUCGGCCCAGCACAUUUUACUCUUUCUUCCUUGUUUUCUGCAAGUUGUAUCUUCUCUUUCUUUAUGGAAUUCAAGAACGUACGCCAUGAGGAAUACUGAUUUGGAUUGAGAAA